AUGGAGUUUAUUUCAUUACCAGAAUCUAUCAAACAAAAAAUUUACCAAAAUUUAUUACCUUGUGAUCUUAUCCAAUUAGGAGCAACAUGCCAAACACUUCAUAACUCUAUUUAUAACGAUGAUCUCUUAUGUCAAUUAUCACUUAUAGAUCACUACAAUGAGUACGUUAUUGGAGAGAGAUCAGAAAAGUUAUUUAAAUUUGAAACUUUUGAGCAAACCUCUGGUUCUGAUUGUUUAAAUAUUAUUUAUCCUAAUCUUGUUAAAAAUUAUGUAAAUGAACAAAAAACUCAUUUUUGUCCUUUAAACUCAUUUAUUCCGCAUAUCCCGAAUGAUAUUAUUCAAGUUAGUUUAAUUUUUACAUUAGGACUUUAUUAUAUCCCAUACAUUUAUCCUCUUGUUGUAUUUAGUCCAUUAUGUAUUUUAGCAGGGUAUUUUAGAAAUAUUAAAAAUCAAAUACAACCUACAAUAAAUAGUUUAUGUCAUUCAGAUAAGAUAAUAAAAAAGCGUUUGUUCUAUAGUUUUAUUAUUCACAUUGAAGUUAUCCUUCCAUUCUUUUUUCUUCCAAUUCUUCUUCCACUAGUAUUUGUUUAUCCAAUAUUGCUUCUUGCACCUUUAGGAUUAUUUGCAUUUAAUUUCUUUUUAAAACAAAAGUUGGUGCCUGUCCUUAUUGGCUAUACAUUGUCAAUUAUCCCAACUCUUAUUAUAUAUUUCUUUAAACCUAAUCCAGAAAUUCUUGUGACUUUGUUACUACCUGCUGUUAUAGUAUUCCUCAUAUCAAUAAACUCUAAGCAUAUACAAAAGAAAAUUAUUCACUCUGAAUUUGGUAAGCGUUGUAUAAUUGGAUUAUUUAUUGGUGGAGUUAUUGGUAUUAUUUAUGCAAUGACGACCAUCAAGAUAAUUACAGAAGUUGUUAUCGGUUUAAUACUCAUUGGCACUUUUGUUUUAUACAGAAGGUCAAAAGAAUAA